AUGUCAAAACCAAGACAAUCAACACUUGACCCAGAAGACAAAAAAUAUUUAGAAAUUCCAGAUUCAGAGGUAGUUUUACCAGCAGCAGUAGAUAGUUAUUUAAGACAAAAAUUAAAAGAUCAAUCAUUAAAAGAAUGUUCAAGUCAUGUUGCAGCAUUUGCAGAUUGUUCAAAAGAUAAAUAUAUUUCAGUUGUUUGGGAAUGUAGAGAAUUACAACAACUCAUGAAAAAUUGUUUAGUUGAAUACACCACAUCAGAAAGAUUAAUUGGUAUGAAAAGAGAAUGGGUUGAUGCAUCAAAGAAAAGAAUUUAUGAAAAAAGACUUCAAAAAGAAUUAGAAUCAAAAGAACCAACACCAAAAAAAUAA